AUGUCAGGUUCAUCAUCAAAGAGUGAAACAACCGUCAGCACGGCAACAUUGAAGACUCCAACAUUGAAGGCUCCAACAAGAGACGGGACGGUGACCCUCCAGUAUCCGUUGCUCCCGAAGAGCAACUACUCGGCAUGGGCGCUCAAGAUGAAGGUGUACAUGCGUGCACAAGGCGUGUGGGAUGCCAUUGAGCCUAUUGAUUCGAAUGAGGAGAUAGAGAUGCGGAAGGAUCAGAUGGCCCUUGCUGCCAUCUAUCAGGGUAUUAGCGAGGAGACGCUCCUUGUGUUGGCUGAGAAGGAGACCGCUAAGGAGGCAUGGGAGAUGUUGAAGACAAUGCACAUGGGCACUGAGCGCAUCAAGGAGGCAAAGAUCCAAACUCUGAGAAGCGAGUUUGAAGGUCUACGCAUCCGUGAAGCAGAGACGGUUGAUGACUUUGCCACAAAGUUGACCACAAUAGUCAACAAAAUUCGUGCAUUGGGCGACAAGAUGGAGGAGGCCUAUGUCGUCAAGAAGCUCCUUCGUGCUGUCCCUUCCAAGUUUAUUCAUAUUGCAUCGACGAUUAAGCAGUUCAGCAAUCUCCAAACGAUGACCGUGGAGGAGGUCAUCGGGUCGCUUAAAGCCCAUGAAGAGCGAUUGCUGGGUUAUGAGGAUGAGAAAGAAGAACACAUCCUAUUGACAAAAGCCGAAUGGAAGGCAAGAGAAGAAAGUGAAGGUAUGUCGAACUCGUUGAGAGGACGAGGAGGAAACAACUGGCGUGGGCGUGGGGGUGGACGCGGACGCAGUGAUGAUAGAAGUGGAAAUGAAGGCACUCAUCAAGAGAAGAAGUUUAACAAGACCAAGGUGAAAUGCUAUAAUUGUCAUUAUUUUGGUCAUUAUGCCUAUGAGUGCAGAUCCAAGAAGGAUGAGGAAGCCUAUCUUGUGGAGAAACAAAAUGAUAAUGAUGAUGAGUCGACGCUACUCAUGACAACCCAUCUUGUGGAGAAAUAA